CUCAGACAAAAUUCAACAAGACAGUAGGAGUUUGAAUUUCUACACGUUAAUUUUCAGGAAUAUUUGUCAGUCACGGGGCUACUGCUGUUUUUUUUCUUGAUUAAAGAAAUUGCAGGGGAAAACAGUUGCUGGUGUGAACGACUCAGGAGUCUCAUGGAAAAGUCAUGAACACACGCACGAGAGGAAGGCGCAGUCCUCAAGAGCAGUGCAACGUCGCAGGACAAAGACGUUGCAAUGUCCACACUCAAGCACAACAUGGUGUUGUACCUGGUGGGAGAGCUGCUGGAGAAGACCGGCCAUUUCCAAACAAGCCUGUUCACCACAGAAGAACUCUCAACCCCAAGAUGCAUGACUCACUUGAGCUACAUGAUUUUGAAAAAAUCACGAUUUCAGGACAACCAAGAGGCCCUUUGUCGUCUCAAGAACAUCAUUCGAAUGGCAUCAGAGAGACCACUGGGUCCCAUCAGCCAAGAAAAGACUCACCCAGAGUGCCCAACAGAGAGCUGCAGAUGUCCAGAGCAAUUCAUGCAAAAGAGCUCAUACUACAGGAGAAGCUGUGGAGGGCUGAGGAUAAAAUAAGACAAAUGAUCCAGAGUGAUAGUGGUGGUGCUGCUGCUGCUGCAAGUGAUGACCAAAAGAGUGAGGAGGAGAGGCAUGACAGAGGACAAGUAAAGAGCGGAAAGUCUCUGACGAAAACCAGGCUGAGAGAACCAGCGGGAGGCAGAGAAAUGUUGAAACAUGAAAGAAGACCAGAGGAUGUUAAACAACUGAGAAAGACGCAAAAUCAGACAAACAAGGAAAGCAUAAGGAAGACACAUGAAGAACAGGGGGCCAGAUGGGGAGGCAGGGAAACAGAAGUUGUUCAGUUUGAAAGAAAAGGAAAUAAAGGGCCUCAUGAAAGCACCACUCAUGUGCACAAAGUGAGCGGAGAGCUGAACAGAAGAAAAGGAGAGGUAGUGAAAGCAGAACAAAAUAAGACUUCUACCAACUGUGACAUUUGGACAAGAGAACAAAACUAUAAAGACAGAAAGAUGGUAUAUGGUUCACAUGAUGAUGAUGAUGACGGGGAACUGGACAGGCACCACAAGAGUCAACAGAAACAUGUUCAUAGACUGGAGGCGACGGGAAACCACAGAGGUGCUGGAAGUAAAAUAUCCGAGGAAUCAUCCCUCCCACCAGUUUCUAGUCCUUCUCAUUCCAACAGAGCGCAGCAGGGGGAGCUCAGGCUCACAGAUAGCACAGACGCCGGCCUUCAGCUUCUCCCUUGCAGAAUCUGCAACAGAAAGUUUUCACAUGAAAGAUUAGAGAAGCACGUCCAAGUCUGUCAAAAGGUGAAACAAUCUCACCGUCAAGUCUUCAACUCCUACAUUAAUAGAACCAAGGGAUCGGCCAUAGAGGAGUUCUGGAAAACCCACAGCAAGACUCCAGAGGAUUUAAAGAAAAAGAACCAAAGACAGACCCACAAGGUGAACAUGAGGACUUUGCAUCAAGGUCGACCCCCAGCUGGCACUUCACAGUCUAAGUGGUCCAAGUAAGCCGAGCCAGACGCUUUUACCCUGAACCAGCCGAACCACAACAAAUCCUCAGGUGUCAGCACAUCAAGUCACCCAUCACCAUGUCGUUAUUGUCAACACUGUGUCUGAAUUUAUUGAUUUAAUCACUAAUUAGAAUUCUGUGUCAGAGCUGCUGUCUAUAUUGUCUGAGUAUAUUCCCUAUUAAUUAAACCAAAUUGUCCAUGUUAGUUUUGGCUCUUUACAAUGAUAGCAUAGUAAUAUCAACAAAUAGAAAUAGCUACAGUAUAUUGAAGCUUGCACUGUGGGAAAUAUUAACUAUACACACACAUAUAACAAAAGACAGCUGUUAGUUUUAUUGAUGGCUUUUACACAAAGCAUAAAGCAACAGUGUGACUGUAGAGUGUCAAUACAACUGUUAGAUUUCCAGAGACUGUUGAACAAAUAAAACAUAUUUUAAAUGCUGUCACUGUAUUUAAAAAAUCA